AUGAUCUCAGAUACACUCAUGGCUUUGUUUUACACAGCCCUUCUCCUCUUCAUCAGAGGGAUUUCAAAUGUGGAAAGUGUAAAGACAUUGGAUAAGGUCCAAGCAAAUGCAGGAGAGACACUCACCAUUCCCUGCUUCUAUGAACAUAAAUAUAAGGACCAUGUGAAAUACUGGUGCAAGGGAUCUAACUGGGAUUACUGCACCACCCUUGCACGCACUGGUUCACCAGAGAUCUCACAAGUGAUCAUCAGAGAUUACCCUUUUCAAAACGUUUUCACGGUGACAAUGAAAAACCUACGUGGGGUUGACUCUAAUAAGUACUGGUGUGCUGUGGAGAUCAGUGGUGGGGGAGAUGAUGGAGCUUGGGUGUCCCUUUCUGUCAAUGAUGCACAAGUGUCAAUCACUGAUCACCCGAGCCAACAGGUCUUUAUGGUAACUAUGAAAAACAUACAGGAGUAUGACACAGAUGUUUACUGGUGCGCGGUACAGAUUAAUGGUGGGGGAGAUGAUGGUGAAUUCACAAGCCUUGUCUUCAUCAAUGCUCUUGUGGGUAUAAUGGUGGAGGACAAUUCUAUAUCUGGUGAAGAAGGAAGCCACGUCACUGUUCAGUGCUUCUACAGUGAGAGACUAACAGAAAGUGACAAAAACUUUUGUAGGGCAGACAGCUGGACUUCUUGUCUGAGCCCAAAGAGAGUUAGUCAACCCUAUCCAGCACUAAUUCAGAUAAGCGAUGAUAACACUGGCAUGUUCAAUGUCACCAUGAACAACCUGAAGAAGGAUGAUGCGGGCUUGUAUUGGUGCACUGCUGGCGAGGAACGAUUUCCUGUGUACAUUAAUGUCAGCGAGAAAAGAAGAAUACCAAAAUUCAAUAAAAGUGACGGACAACUGGUCGGAGGUCCUCCUGAUUGGCAGGGAGACCUGCCCAGUAGUCCCUGUUGGGGUUGGUCUGAGCUGACCAAAGCUCACUGGAAAUUUCCAGUUUCAAGGCAUGAAGUAUGA